GAAGUAGUUCAAAAAAACAGGACCUUGGUCUUUAUAUAUAACCUCUUAAUAGCGAACAAAUCCUCACUCCUUCAGUCCGUUGAAACAAUUCAUUUUUCAUCAAUCAUCAUGCCUUCCGACUCUUCCCUUUCCUCACCCAAACCAAACCCUAACAAGAGAAUUUCUCAGAACAAAGAUAUGAACAUCCCUAAUUGGUUGGAUCUUCCAGAAGAAAUUUGGUUUAUAAUUCUCUCAAAAGUUAACACAAUUGACAUAAUCGAAAGUGUUGAGAUUGUUUGCAGAUUAUUUCGCAACAUCUGCAAACAACCUUCAAUGUAUGAUGUCAUUGACAUGACUCUUCCAGAUGAAUACAUUGAUGAUGAUAAUCCUGAUUAUGUUAAUUCCAUGACUCUAUUUGCUGUUGAUCGAAGUUCUGGGAAUUUGGUUGAUAUUUAUUUGGAAAUUUUAUGCGACGAUGAAACUUUAAUAGAUAUCGUUGAAAGAUCAAGGAAUCUUAAGCAUCUCCGACUUGGCCACCAUGUUGACAUAUCUGACAGAGAACUGGUUGAAGCUGUCAAAAGGCUUCCAAUGCUUGAGGAAGUGGAGCUUAAUUUCUGUUGUUUCUAUGACAAAACUAUUGAAAUUGUUGGUCGUGCCUGCCCUUCAUUGAAAUCGUUUAGCGUAAAUAAUGUUUGGCCUAAAAAUUAUAAAGGCAAUUAUGAAGUCAUGGCUAUUGCUAGAAGCAUGCCUAAUUUACGCAGUCUUCAACUAAUUGGGAACUCCAUGACAAAUGAAGGCUUGGAAGCGAUUCUUGACGGAUGCCCUCUUCUUGAAUCCCUUGAUAUACGCGCAUGUUUUCACAUUGAUUUAUCGGGGGAUCUGGGUAAAAGGUGUGAACAGAUCAAGCACUUUCGACCACCUAGUGCCUCUCUAGAACAUUUCAGGCACCAAGCUUGCAAGUGUAAUUCUCAUAAAACUCAUACUCCCUCUGUCGCGGCAGGGCAUUUGAUAUGUAACAGGGGGAGUUCAAGGAUUAGUGACUAUCCAGCCUGGGAUGAUGACCUUGAAUACAUUGACCAGGAUGAGGAACUCGAAUAUGAUUAUGACUAUGACAAUGAUUAUGAUUUUGAUUAUGCCCUACCCAUACCUCCGGAUCUGAUCAACGAGAACUGGAAUGAUGUCCAAGAUUUCAUUGACAAUGAGGUCAAUGGCCAUGGUGAUGGGGAGGACCCUGAAUAUGUCUUUGAUGACUAUUCUGUUCCUUCAUCGCCCAGUUACUCUCCUCGUCCAGGUAUGGACUAUGAUGAAUGGAUUGAUUCAUUGAUGAACCUUUUACUGAUUUUCAGCUCCUUUGUGGCCUUGUUGGUUCGACAACAGUGUUUACAGUUUGUCUUGGAAUGAUUUUGCCUAGUUAUAGUUAUUAGCCUUGAUGGAUGUAAGAUCACGUUCGCCCUUUUUAUCUGAUUUUCUAAUUUUAGCUUGGUUGCAUCGAAUGUUAUCUUGGUCCUUCUAAUGUUGGUAGGGUGCCAGGUGCAGUCUGUUGCAUGUCCUAGCUAAUGCUAGGCAUAUUGUAUGGCCUUUUCUUGCCUUUCUAGAAAUUUCAUAGUAACCUGUUAAUGCCUAUCUUGUGCACAUACUACUCAUAUAAAUAUAUUAAAGGAUUUAAAGAUUA